GGAAAAGAGACAUGAUGACUCAGACUUGGAUGAAGAAAGUGGACCCAGAAAGAAAGAAAAAAGCUUAGUUUUUUCGCUGACAUUACUAUCUCCUUAUGUAAAAAUUAAUCUCCACAAGUUCUAUGACCGUGAUGAAGCUUUGAAUUUAAUUUUGGAUGUCGCUUGUCUCAAUUAUGAAAAACGUACAAGUAACGAUCACAAAGAUCAUCAUUUUAUCCAAGUUCCUGGAGGAAUAGGAAUAGAAAAGACACGCAUAGGAUGGGAGUCACAAUAUCUGUUAUCCAGUCUGAAAGCAGAGAAUGACUACACUGAUGAAUUCAAGAAAGCUUUGAAAGAUCCCUGCUACAUCUUUGUUGACUUGAACAAUGGAUGCAAAUAUCUUAUGGGUUUCGAUGACAAGAAAGACUCAAGUGUACGAAUAGGAGCACGCAUGGCAGUAGCUUCAGGUUUGGUGUCUGGGCGUCUAUCUGAUUUGUUAGAUACGAACACUAAGUGCUUAAAUCUUUUCAAUGUGAUCUCGCAUAUUCUUAAACUUCGCUUAGAAACAAACCAGCAGUCAGUUUAUGCCAUCAUCAUCCACCUUGAUGAAUUUCAACUAUACAUUGAUGAUGUUCAAAUUCACCAAAAAACAUCGUGGGAAUUAGCUCGCAAAUUCUAUAAAACAAUGCUAAAAGAGAUUGGUAGUGUCAUGCGUGAAAACUCUAAUGCUAAUUAUUUUAUCGUCCCAAUCUGUACAGGAACGUCUGCUAUUGAUAUUAAUUUUUUACUUACAGAGCAUUCUCAAAUAUCGUUGAACCUCAAACCUUUGAAUUAUGAAUCAGCAAGAUCUAUGUUUCUUGACAAGUAUGAGUAUUUGAGGCUCACUAGGCAAUCUAUCAAGCGAGAUUUUCUGUUGUCCAGUGGCAUGUCUAUUGGUGAACUUGAGCGGGCUGGUUUGAUUUAUCUCUCCAACUUUAAGGGUGAACAGUAUACCAUUGUUAUGCCCUUCAUUCUAUUGAAGAUACUCAACAACAUUCUCUUUACUUCUGAUGUAGAAACUGUUUUAAUCGAAGUUAAGAAUUCAAUGAUUUUGUCCAUUAAGCAUAAAAUUUAUCAUCUCGAAGUAAAAGAUAAAAAUCAAACGGAUAGUUACGAAAAAAGUAAAAUCAACGCCGAAAUGAAAAGAGUAACUAAUGAUUUUGCCAUUCAAACUGAUAAGAACUGGCAACUAUCUGAUAUAUUUCGUAAUGCAAAAGGUGCUGACACACUUCUUCAACGUAAAGUACGAUUGCGCAGGCUUAAAGUCUUUACUGAGAAUGAGAAAUUUCUUGUAAAAAUGAGUGACAUUGCCAAAUUUACUAAAUUUGUAUUAUGUGAUGAUAAUGUGUCUCGCGAAUUUGACAGAGGCAUUUUUCGCUGUUACCAAGGAUGUGCUAACAUUGAUCACCGCUGGAUUCUUGAUUCUGCUGAUGAGGGAAAGAAAUUAGCAAUUUUUUCGCAAAUUAAAUACUCAGAACGUGAUACAACUACUACUAUUUCCACACCAGUGAUUAAACGAUGGUAUGAUACAACAAUAGCAUCAGUAGAAAAUUAUAAAACUGAGUAUGAUGAGAUUCUUGUCUUGUUCACGAACCGGACCUGUACGGGAACUAUUGAUAUGGAACAAAUGCCCAAACUGCUUCUCAUUUAUCCAG